UUAUCCCGUCAUCCAUCGGGGUCAUUUACUGUUGGGCAACAAGGGGGGAAUAUGGAGGAACUUGCUGUCGAAGUUUGUGGCAAAAAUGGCGCUUACUACAAGGGAUAUGUUCGUAAUAUUCACCAGGAUCAAGUCAGUGUAGCCUUGGAACACGACCUGAACAACCCUAAACGAGUGUCUUACGAAGAAGUUCGUCUACCACCUUCUACUACUCAGAGAAAAGAUCUCUACGUUGACGACGAAGUUGAGAUUUUUUCAAGAGCAAAUGAUGAUGAGCCCUGUGGAUGGUGGCCAGCUAGGAUAGGGCUCAAGAAAGGCGAGUUCUAUGUUGUUCAGUACAAUGGCUGGGAUGCAACGUUCAAUGAGAUUGUGCCAAGAGAAAGAAUCAGGCCAGUCAACACUAAUGGUCCAAUCAGUAGGAAUAUGUACUAUAAAGUGAUGAUUGAUGUUGCACCUGAUCUCAGGGCCAUAUGUAAAGACGAGAGCUGCCACAGAGAGUUCAAAAGACAGUGUAAUGCUGCAUGUGUUGGGUUUAAUGAUAACCUGAAUGUUCUUGUAGUCUUGUCACGAAGUGAACUUCCUGUGAAGAGGGCUGCAAUGCUAAGUGAAAUGCACUUCAGAAGUUUGCGGACUAAGAUGCUCCUUCAGUCUUGGACAGAUGAGACAGCUAGACAACUUGAGAUGGCAAAGAAACAGAUGGGUGUGUGUGACAAGCUGAGACUGCCAGAACAUUUGAUGGGUUUGGCUAUCGGUGCACAGGGUGCAAACAUCCAACAAGCACGGAAACUACCUGGUAUCAUAUCUAUUGAAGUUGAUGAAGAAAACUGUACUUUCUACAUUUGUGGAGAGAAUGAACCAUCCAUUAGUGAGGCAAAGCGUUUGCUAGAAUUUGCUGAAGAAAUAGUUUACGUCCCAAAGCCUCUUGUUGGCAAGGUUAUUGGUAAAAAUGGUCGUAUCAUCCAAGAUAUGGUUGAUAGGUCAGGAGUGACUAGAGUAAAGAUUGAACCACCAGUAGAAAAUGAAACAGAGGAAGAAAAGUCUGCAAAGAAAGAAGUAUCAUUUCUUUUCGUUGGGACUAAAGAAUGCAUUGAAAACUGCCGAAUGAUGUUGGACUAUCAUCUUGCUCAUUUAAAGGAAGUUGAGAACAUGAAGAAAGAGAAAGAACAGUUGGAUCAACAGCUCCAAAGCAUGGGGAUCAACCCACCCCUUGGACCAUCAUACAUCCCUACUCCAGCAGAGAUGCGCAGUGGUACUAACCUCGUCAUAGCUACUCAUGACCCUUCAGUCGUAGGCAGCAGGGAUAGGUCUCUGACUACAGAUAGUUAUGGUGGCGACCUCAAUGAAGCCAUGUCCAUCAGUACCAACCCUGGACAAAAGGGGAAGACAAACACAACACUGCGAAUACGGUCAAGCAGUGAGAGUGAAAAUACGGAGAGUGGAAGACUGUCGACCCAGGCUCCUAACAAAAGGUCUACAACACCGACUUCUGAACUCAAAGACAUCCGUGAAGAAGCCGAAGAGCAUGACUAUAACUCCAAAAAUGGUCACAAGGACAGUGGUAAUAAGAAUUCCCAUGGUAAAAAGCCAUCUCCAUGGUUCAUGGGCCCAAGAAAACGCUCCAACAGUGACGGCAAAGACGACAGGUACGAUACCAGGAAUGGAUACGGGAGGGGCCACCCUUCAAGGACAGACAACAGACAGGGGGGUCAGGGCAAGACACAGUCUCGCCAUCAACAACAAAUGGGUCGACCUCGCGGGAAUAGCGGAGGUACGCAGCAACUGAGGCCGAGUUCAGGUAGUCUGGCGCAGAACUGGAGAAACCCCGACAACGGCAGCAGUAUGCGUAGGAAGAGUGACGACGAGAAGUUAACAGCAGACGCGAACAGUAAACAAGAGGCGAAGAAGAACGACGAAAAGACGGAGGACAAGUCCGCUACCGAAGGACAAAGUAAAACUCCGAGGGAGAAAAAAACAGAGAACGGAGAUGUGACUUCCCAAGGUUCGAAGCCGGAAAAGGAAGCGGCGAAGAGUGAGGAAGAUAAGAAAGAAAGCAAUUCAAACCCGGAACAAACAAUAAAAACAGACGAUAAACAAGAAACCAAACGAGAAAGCUCAGAAAGCAAGUCCAAACAAGAGUCUGAGGUACAAAAUUAGAUUAGUUCCAAUAUUUUUCGCCAGUUCUUAAAUCGAUUACCAUCAAACCUGAAAAAAAUAUUGCGUUUCAUUGACAAAUCUUAUUUUUUAAAGCAACUGGCUCUGUUCAAAGUCCAUAGUCUUAAUUUCAUUUAACCUCAACAAAAUUGAAAAAAAUUACGUCCAUCAAUAACAAUCAUUGUUCUGUCUAGGGAAGUAAGUAUUAUUUGUUUAUUGCGCUGUACGAAGAUGGUUUAAAGUACCUUUAAAGUCAAUCAAAAUGAAUGAGGUAAAAAUAGCGCUCGUGAAAAGUAACAAAAGAAUCAAAACCGGCUCUUUAGUGGCUUUUUAUCUACACCAAUCAAAAUACAAGAAAAACAAUGUCGUCCAAUCAUAAAGAUUUAGUGUGACGUAAAAACGUUACUGUGAAAAUGUUUUCAAUGUGACCAAUCGAAGUGCCCUUACAUUUCCGAUAUCCAAUCACAAAUGUCAUUCAAACGCGGAAGACAUUUUAGUGUUGCUGUCCUAUUGGACUCGCAUGAAAUUUAUCUAAUUUUUACACUUGACUGAAAUCAUCUCUAAUGACUUUAGAUUGUGAAAAAUUAAAAAUUCCGAAAAUAACUAAAAUUUUGUUGAUUCAAUUCAUCUGGCUAUUCAGUAAAUAAAAAAAUAUACGUCCACUUGUUGGACUGUGAGAAUUUUUUUUCUGACAGACGAACUGAUUUUGUCAAAUAUGUUUUGAUUGUGAUGGUUUCUUGACCAUUGACAUUGUAAAGGUUUUAUUGUUUUAUUGGUCUUAAUGUAAAAAAAAAAGAAAGAAAUAGAGAAAACCAAAGAAAAAAAUUGAAAGUCGAAAAAAUUAUUUUGUUAAUGGAAAAAAAUUGAUUUAUUUGAUGUGAUGAAUAAAACAUCGAUAGGACUUGGA